AUGCUCAGCAGAUCAAACUCAGGUGUCUGAGAGGUGUAAAUACAGUUAGAGUGAGGUAUCUCGUGAGGGUACAGACAGCAGCAGACACUGUAAACUCAGCUUUCAACAGAGCUAACAGAGGCUAACUCCAGCUCCACCAUUAUUAACUCUUAUCAAAUCAAACUCACCUGCUGGAGGGGAACAUAGUGUCUUUCUACAAGUUCACAAGGUUGCACCUGUGUACCGAGAGCUCAGGUAAACCUAACCCUGACCACUGCUAACCAGCUGCUCUGAAGUUCUGCUAACUCUGACCGAACCGGGUAAACAAAAUACAACUUCCUGUUAGCUUUUCAAAAUAAAAGCACUGCAUCGAUGGGACACCACGUCCACACUUAGAAUCAGUAAACUGUUACUUAUCUCCUUUUUUGUAAAAAUAAAAAAGUACUCAUUCAUCAUAGACCAGCUGUGGUAGGUAUUUUACCGAAUUAAGAUGUAGAUAAAUUAUAAUAAAACGGUUAAUGAUGCACAGUGGGAAGUUAUACAACGAGCAAAAAUAAGAUAAAAUAUAAAUGUAAAAACAUGAGGGAGAAAGAAAAAACUGGCUCCUGCUUGGUUAAAAAAAACUUAGCCCACCCAUGUGCAUGCUGGUCCUGUUAAGUAGAGACACCUGAACUGGGCAAGCACUCAUACAUGUUUGUUUUUGUUUGUACAUCUUUUUGUAGGUACAUCUCUCUGCAGAUAUCCAUUUACAGAGUUUACAGCCAGCUGAUCAGCUCAUACUGAUAAAAACCACAGUGUCUCACUGUCCACCUGACUGUGGCUGCAAAGAGGUGAAGGUUUUUUUAAACAAGGUUUAACUCAUGAGGUAUUUACACAUUCACUGUGUGAGUGGGAUUUUCUGCACUUUAGUUCACCUGUCUGUCAGGUGGUGGAUGUCAGCCAACAACAAAACCAUAAAAUUACAGUGAAGUGAAUAAGUAUUCUUAGAAACUUUCCAACCUUACUAACAAAGUUAGUUAAGAUUAUUUUAGUAUUUUUAGCUCUAAAACUCUGAGAAUAGUUAUGAUAAUAUGAGGUAAAGCCGACGUCUUAAGAAAACACCUGAUAUAACCUUGUUUAGAGAGAGUAAUGAACAGUAUGGCUGCAUGUUUGUUCAGGACCUCAGCCCAGAGAUAUGACGACAGAGAUAAAAAUGUGUACUGUUGCCUUUUUAAAAAAACCAUUUUUCUUAAUAUUCUUAAGCUUAGAACUUAGAAAUAGUCCCACCUUUUUAACAUAAAGGUUUGAAGAUGAUAAAUACACAGAAUGAUGAUAAUAACAUUACUGUAAGAGAGUGAAACUAUUAUUGUGAAAUCUGCUCAGAGACAUGUUCAGACUGUCUGAUUGCAGCUCUGACUCAUAUGGACUCAUACAGUGUGUGCGCAAACACACGUACACACCAGUAUCACUUGUUAACACAGACUGUCUCCACUAACCAUAUCUACUCUUACUACUAAUAUCAAAACUCCAUACAGUUGUUACCUGUCUAGAUAGAUAGAUAGAUAGAUAGAUAGAUAGAUAGAUAGAUAGAUAGAUACUUUAUUGAUCUCAAGGUAACAUACAUAUCAAUGCUCUAAACUGAUGCUCUAAAAGAUGAAGAUAAUUAUAGAACACAAAUAGAAUUAAAGCAGCCCUUUUAGAGACUUAAAUGGUAAAUAUAAGAGAUUAGCUUUGUAAAUCUAUUAGAAAAAGUUAAAAGUCAAAGUUAAGGGUUUAUCACAAAAGGUUAUUAUUUCAAAAGAAUGUUGUGGAAAUAGAAAAAUCUCACAUUUUACAGAAUAAAUGUGUAAAUUGGGAAUACCAGUGUUUUGAAUUUAUUUUAAGACAGUAAAUUUACAGAAUGAAAAGUCUCAAAUUUUUAAAACUAUGGGGAAAAUAUUGUGAAAAAAUGAAAAAUGAGAAUGAAAAAAAUAAAAUUGAUGAUAAAAGUUAUAAAUCUGCAGGAACAAAGUUGUAAGAGAAAAAUGUUAAAUUUGCCCCCCAAAUGUUUUAACUUUGUAAUUAUAAAGUUAUUAAAUGCAAUUUUUUAACUGUUGACCAAGAAUAUGUGUACAUUUUGAUUUAAUAAAGUUGUAAUUUUAUGAGAUCAGUAGUGAGAAAUAGUCUCAGAUUUAUAAAACAUGAUAAAGUCCUGCAUUAAUGAGAAAAUUUGUGUUAUUCUGGGAAAAAAAAGUCUUGAGGGAAGAAGUCAAAGACUCAAGAGACUUAAGUUGUAUCUGUCUAACAUUUGUACAGUUUCCACAUGAGUUUGCUCUCACAGUUUUCACUGAUGUCAAAUUUUAGCCAGGUCUGGACUUGAUUGAGCCAGACCUAAAAAAAUUAAAGAUAUAAUAGAGCCAGAUCUGAUCACCAGGUACCAGAUAGGAGCUCACUGGGGAGUCAAUGGCCAUAAUAUUAGAGGAAGCAGCUGGGGUGACUACCUAAAUCACCUAUCUACCCCUCUGUAACCACCCCUGGUACCACUGCCUCCCGCACACACAUGAAGAUCUCACUGCUACGUGAGACUAUGUGCGUGUGUGUGCGUGUGAGUAGGGGCGGGGCUUUGUGGUAGAAUCACCGGAAGUGUGGUUGUUGUUCUGUCACCACAGGUUUCCACCUCAGUUCAAUACAGCUGCACUCGAAGUGUUUACUGGCAGCGAACAGGUAGGCUCAUGUUUUUGCCGUUACAGCUUUACUUAUCAAACUUUAUGACGAUCUUAUCAUGAAAGCUAACGUUAGCAGCAGGUUAGCUUCUGUAUUUAAGCCGAUCAGACUCUAAAUACACACUAACGCGUAACAGAGCUAACAUUAGCUCUCUACGACAGCAGAAUUAACCCUUAUUAGCCUCAGGGUGCUAACUGAGUUAGCCUGUGUCUGUCUACAGUUGGUUAGCCAAUAUUAGCUGAUCUGUGGCGUGUAAAAGAAGCUUUGUUAGCUUAGCUGUUUAAGAUAAAGCUAAUUAAUCUGAGCGAUCCAUGCUGCUUCACACAUCUGCUCCUUUAUAACCAAAUAGAUCUGCCAUAUCUGCGCCAAAAAUGAUCAUUCUCAGAAAUACAGAAAAUUACCGCCCUCAGGCUAUUUACGUUUUUUUGCUUUAUUUUAAAUCCUUUAAGAUUUAUGAUUGAAUAAGGAUACUAGACGGACCGGUUAAGAUAAUUUAAGGAGCAUUCUGUCAGAAAAUGUACUGAUUUGCAACGGGAUGAAUGAUUAAAGAGUGGUUAAUUCUCCAAUCAGGUAAAAUAUAUUAAUGUCGAGGUGAAAACACAUCAGUUGAACCCUCCGCCCCUCAGUAAGAGACGCUAUGAAUAAUCACAUAACAAUAUUCCAUAAUCAUGUAAAUCAGCCCUGCUCUGUUAUCUGAGGCUGGGAGGAUAGCAUGCUGUGGUCCAUUAGGGGAGUGAGCCUGUUUCCAUAGUUUCCAGCCUCAGUCUCAACGGGCUGUGACGUCAGGCCGCGGCUCCGCCCAUCCUCCUCUUCCUCUUCUUCAUCCCUGUACCUCACUGACUGUGUGGACGGAUGAGUCAUCAGGCAGAGCGGCUCAGGCUGUUUGUAACCCAUUAUCCUGGUGAAAUGGACCGACAAUGAGAGAUUUAUCAGAGUGAUAUUUAGACAGUCUGUGUGAUAUCUGUGGACCGUCUCAGCCUGUAAACCUGUGAGUACAGUACGUUUAUGACUCUGUGUUAGCCCUCUGUGGGUUUUACUCUGAUGCGAUGAUAGUCUUGUUCUGUUUACUUGAUAAGACAGAAAGCAACAUCAGCCCCUGCUUGAUGUUAACAUUCUGGUUGAUCCCCUGGAAAGUUUUUGUAAGAGUGUAUCAGAGGACAUUGUUAUUCUUAUGUAGAAGAAACAAAUCUGAAGUGUCAGGUCUGAACAUAGAGUGUCAGAGAGUGAGGUGACGGUGUUCAGAGUGUCAGACUAUUAUGUGAUGGUGUGCCCAAGUGAAGCCAGGAUGAGACUGCAGGCCAAUCUGAACAGCUUCUUCAAAAUGUUACAGCAGAAUGAAAGAAUAUCCACUCCAGAUUUACUCUAAUUGUGACAUUUACGAUUGGAGAAUCUCCCUAAAAAGGCUAAGUAAACGCAGCAUUUCCCAGUCAGAAACAUGCUGUUCUGUUCUCUGGUGCUGGGAAUUUUUAUGUCUGUUAAUGAAGUUUACUGGAUGGUACUUGAUCAGUCGUUAUUUAAAACACAAACACCUGUCCACUUGAUGAAUUUGACUUUAAACUAUGACAACAGGGUUCACUGGGUUAAUUCUGCAUUCAUUUCUGGGUUCUGGAAUGCCAGGGUUUCAGAACAUUAUGUUCUGAAAUUCUUGAGUUGUAGAAAAUUGGGUCCUUAGCUAGGGUUCCGAAUUUCUGGGUUCAAGAAUGUUUGGUUCCAGAAUACUGGGUUUGAAAAUUCUAGGGUUCCAGAAUACUAGGGCUCUGGAAUCUUAAAUUCCCAAAUGCUUGUUGUGUCAAGUAUGCUAGGGUUCCAGAAUGCUCAGGUUUUGGAGUGCUUGGGUUCUAAAAUGCAUGGAUUCCAGAAUGCUGUGCUCUGGAAUAAUAGGGUUCCAGAACAGUAGUGUUGAUAUUUCCAGGGUUCUUGAAUGCGGGGUUCCAGAAUGCAAGGUUUUUAGAGUUGUUUGCACGCACAUAGAUCCCAUUGGGAUUCAACAUAAUGACAACACACUGCAGGUUAUAUCUAUAGUGUUAUCUUGACUUUGACCUGUUUAAAACAGAUUAAAUCCACACUGCAUGAGAAAGAUGAGUCAUGGAUUUCACAGGGCAAGAUUAAUUAUUAUACCAAUAGAGUAAGAAAAAGCUUUUAAAUCUUUAUUUAAUCUUAUUAGUCUCAGUGCUGGUGAAGAAAUCCCUAAUAAUGCAACAAAGGCCUAAGGCUGGUCUUUGUGCUGCUACAGAAACAUUCAGUGAUGGUGUGAGUGUUAUUGCAAUAGACCAGUCACACCUCAUACAAUUAUGUUUCUCUACAGUAAUAAUCCCUGUGUAGGAGUUUAGAUUGGAUUAGAGGGAGUCUGGAGCAAACAGCAGAGGUGUGAUCCUUUAGACAUCAUCAUACAGUCCCAUAUUUCAUCAGGUGUGUCCUCGCCCAGCUCCUUCCAGACAGAUUUAAUGUUCCCUGAGCAGGUGAUUUACCUGUGCAUUACUGUCAAAUCACCAGUCAGAUUGUAUCAAACUGUGAUCCACGAGAAAGGAGCAAGAAACAGGGAUCAGACCAGAUCUGGACUGCAGACUGGUGAAAAAAAAUGGGUUUGAGACAGAUAAACUGAGGAACCUGAGGAAGAAUCUCAGUACAAAACGAUCCAAAGAUUAAACAUGCAAUACCUGCGUCUUAAAUCUGCUGCUGCAACACCUCAUAUGGGCUCAGCCUCUGCAGAGGCAGUUUCAGGAUUUUGAAAACACUGAUAAAUGUCUUAUUACACUAAGGGAUGCAUGAUAAUCAUGGGAUAGUAUCCCAGUAACUCAUGUUCCUCUCCGUCUGACAUGUAUUUGGACCCACUUUUUCAUACAGUUGAUUGAAAGGCCACAACAUGAUAAAAAUCAAAGUCUUACUAUUUGGUAAAUGGGAUUAUUCAGUCUGUUGAGUGCUGAGUGGAGUGAUUUAUUUAUUAGAUGACACAGUUUUUAUUUCUCCUGAGGGUUAGACAGUUUACAGAGCUCCAGAGGACCUGUACAGGCAGCCUUUAAAAACAAUAAUCUUUAUGGAUCUUUAGGGACUCUGCGAUGGCCCACAUUGUCAUGAUAAUGUCGUUUUAGUGCUACUCAAACGUGUCUUCAUCUUUGUAGCUGCUCAGUUUGUCAUGAUGAAGCUGUUUGUGGAGAGUUUACACAGUUAUUUAUUAUCACACUUGUUGAAUGUACAGAGCUUAAAUCCUCUGUCAUUUUCAGAUAAAUUAUGCAGCUCUGAUUAACACCAGCUUCAUUUCAGUCUGUUUGAAGUUUGUGAUGAUCAGAGGAUGUGAGAGCAUCGUCGUCAGAGCAGUACAGGGAUCAAUACUCAGGGAUGAUAUUUAAACCUGUGUAGAUUUGCAGGAGUGAAGUCAUAUGGGACUUAAGUAAAAAAAAUUAUAAAGGCGUGUCACAUACAUGUACAUCAUAUAUGUGUGUGUGGUUUGGACAGGAGGUCAUGUGAUAGGCUGAUUAGUCUCAAUAUAGUCCCAUCAGCCUAUGCAUUACAAUGCACUGUAAAAGAGACUCUUCAUAGAUUAAAGAGAGGCAGUCAGUGAACCAAUUAGAGCCGGCUGACCUGUUCAUACAUAACACAGCGACAGGAAACAGUUAUCUCCAUGGUAACAGGACACUGAGGUGCAAAGGCAAUGAGAGGAGGCAUGUUAGAGUCUGACAUCUCCAUAAUCCUCAGCGGAAACACACACACACAUCGGGUUAUUUUUAGAUCAGAAUGCAUGAUGUGAAGACUUGAUUUUGUCAGACGUGUUAACUCUGACUGGAGAUGUGCUGAAAUAUCACAGUCAAACAAACAAACAUGGUCAUGUUGGAUGAUAUGAAAAUAGCAGCCCUAACAACAGCAUGUUUUUCUCAGGAUAGACCUCAACGACAGCUCACUCUGCUCCUGUUGCUUCUGCUGGAAGUAAUGUGUCAUGUUUUUGUAUUUCAGGUGUUUGUUUCAGACAGAUUUACCUCCUGAGAGCAUCCAAGUGUGAGCUACAGUCCGACAUGCAGGAGGACUAACGCCCAGCAGAAAGCCUACCUCCCCUCCUCAUCCAGCCCUACGAGGGAACAGGUACGUCAGACGCUCUGCCUUACACUGUUUACUUCCUCCAUCUUCCUUCCUCCCUCUCCCCUCCUCAUCCCUGAGGAGGAAGCUGCUGACAGUAUCUUUGUUUGACAUUCGCAGCCCAGAGAGCAGCAGGAACACGAGCUGAGGUCUCCAAAGGCAUGAUGGGAGUGUGUGUGCUGUUUGUGCUGCUCUUCAUCUGUCACAGUCACAGUCUGCAGAUACAGAAACCUCUGCACAGACUCAGGAGGUGGGUAUGGAAACAAAAACGGCUUUUUUAUUUUGAAUAAAAUGAGUAAAACCUUUUAAAAAAGAUUUUAUUCCAUUUUGCAUCCAAAUCAUUCCUCCUGAUCGAUAGAUAAUUUCAUUGAUGAGAUCUGAGCUGAUCCGUUGAACAUGUCAUAUGAAUAUUUUUGUCAUAGAAGCUUUGCAGGUAUUAUGAAUACUGUUAAACCUUCACUGUCCCUCAGCAGAUAGUCGUCUUCAUUGUUGGGUCUUGCUGCUUAUCUGAACUUGCCUCUAAAGCAAACACCCAGUCAGUGAGGGAUCAUGGUGUUGAGUUAUAUGCAGAUUUGGGAGAUGAAUUACCUGUAUUCUCAUGUGCAAAGAGCAUAUUUACCUGUCAGCUAAUGUGAGAUCUUAGAGUGUGAGGUGAAAGUAUCAGGUACUGAUUCUGUAAAUAUCUCUGAAGGUGGUGUUUCUGGAGAUCUAACAUCACUAAAGAUGAGUGAAAAGCUGAAUUUCAAAAUAGUUCAAAUCUGAUCUGAGGAGUGAGAUGGAUUCUGAGUGGGAGUCGGUGGAAUCUCUCCUGAUGAUCCAAAGAUUAGACACACAGUCACACCUGAACCUGAAGUCUGGUGGAUGUAUUAUGAAGCAGGUUUUGUGGUUAAUGCUGUGUUAUUUCUGGGAUUUUUAGUACUACAAAGCUGGUUCACUUCCUACUGGGGUAGAUCACCAUGGUAACUGAUGCUGACCUGAGGCUUAACCUGCUAAGAGAUCAGUUUUUAGAAAAAGCAGCUCUCUGACCAAUCAGUUUGCUGAGAGAAAAGAAAGAGACAGACAGCUCCCUGAUGUAAAGCUUUAGUGUAAUCUACAGUGUAACCUUUAAAGCCUGAUCAAGGAUGUGGAGCAGAUAUAAACCUUGCUGUACGUGUGUUCUUCUUUCAGGUCUCAAGAGGAUGUCGCCUCAGAUCCCGCCUCCUGUGUGUCCCGAACCAAUCAGGACUUCACAAACUCUCACAACUUCUCAGUGGAUAUCAGGAUGCCCGGAGUCGUUCCUACCAGAGUGAGUGUUUAAAAAGCUGAGAACUUUUUAGCCUCAAAGGAGUGGAGACUCUCACAUCAGCUGUUAAUCAGAGAUAAAUAUUUCCUCUUUGUUUUUCCUGUUCUAGUCGGACUCGUACCUCUGCAUGUCUUUCCCUGUGCCAACUAACCGAGAUUCCUACAUCGGUGAGUCAUACACCUUUAUAUUACUUUAUUUCAGUCACAGUGUUCAGUCUAUGUUCCUGCUGUCAGAGCAGAAAACACAGGAGGAUGCUCAGACUGGACUCUGCUGAUGGACUCUGUAGCUGCAAAAGUCAGAGGGUGUCAAAGAAUCAGGGCUCCUGGAAAACUUCUUGAAAGUCUUUUAUUGGAUUUUGAAAGUCAUUAAAAGUCUAAGGAAGUUUAGAAAGGAAGUACUCAAAUCUACGCUGUGUGGAUGGCAUUGUUAGAAAUGUUACCAUCAGCCUUUUUCUCGUGGUUUUGCUUGUCCACUUGACAAAUUCAGCAAUUACAGCAGGUUUUCUUUAAAGCAUUCGCAAACCACGAACCAAAGAGAGGAAAGAGAUGAUACGAGUUUCAGUCAUUAUCUCUCAAAGUACGGGAAGUUAAUGGUUAGCAAGAAUAAACAUUGUGAACUGACUUGCAAGAUUUGCAGACAUGCUUUUAAAAUUUGGAUUAUUUAUUUGUCUUUCUUUAAGAAAAUGGUUGAAAUUAUUUUUUCUUUUUUGGUUCUUGAAAUAUACAUUUAAGUUAUUCUACAGAAACCUCUACAGUACAUUAAGGAAAAGGCAGUUUGUCCAGCUGUUUUUUUGCCCUGUUGUGGUCACUGUCUUUACAUAAACGUAAAAUAAUGUUUGGAUUUCAAAUGAUAUCGUAACAAUCAGGUGAUGCAGUCCAGAGUUCGUGUUUAGAUAGAUCGGCAUAAAAUCCCUCUCAGACAGAAACACUGAGCGGUAUCUGUCUCUUCUGAGCUGAGUGUGUCUGAGAGACUCAAACCGCCUCAUGAAUUGUUAAAUAUUCUGACCACGUCUCCUUAUUGUCUCCUCAGUGGACUUCAUCCCCCACGCCAGCAUGGACACGGUCCACCACAUGCUGCUGUUUGGCUGUCAGAGGCCUGCCUCCACCAGCAGCUACUGGUAAAUACGCCAUGUCAACCUCACCUGUCUGAACCUGAAGGCUGUAAACCUCAACAGUAACCAUGACAACAGAUAUCUGCUCUAUGACUGGCUGCCUGCUUUGUUAUAGAAACACCUGCCUGUGUGUGUGUGUGUUUGUGUUUGCUCUCUUUUUAGUUGGGACAGCUGUGUGUGUUCAGUGCUAUUGAUUCUCUCUCUCUCUCUCUCUCUCUCUCUCUCUCUUUCUCUCUCUUUCUCUCUCUCUCUCUCUCUCUCUCUCUAUCUGUCUCUAUAGGGACUGUGGCGGUUCUCAGGGAACCUGUAAGAAUGAUGCAUCCAUCAUGUAUGCCUGGGCUCGUAAUGCCCCGCCCACUAAACUUCCCAAAGGUCAGUCUUUCAAAGAGUUCAUUCAUUCAGGACAUACAUAAUGUUUAUCCAGUACAGCCGGUUGGUCUACAGGAAUCUGUUUUUUAAGGGUUUAUCCAGAUAAACUAAAGAAAAGAUUAAUUUACUGUUUACAUUUUACAAAAGAGGUUUUUGUUCAGUAGAAAGUCUUUCUGAUGGAAAUGGAUGAGAAAACUGUAUAUGAUGGUUCAGUCAGAGUGUUUCUAUAAAGUUAGAGUAGUUGUUUCCUCCCUGUGGUCUAACACGUCUCUGUCUUUGUCUGCUCCUCAGAUGUUGGUUUCAAAGUUGGGAGAAAUGCAGGGAUGUCUUACUUUGUGCUGCAGAUUCAUUACGGAGACAUCAGUGCUUUUAAAGGUGAGGAUAACGACCUGAUAUUUCUGUUUCCAUUGAUAUUGCUUCAGUCACACAAACCAAAGUAAAUGUUUGUUCUGCAGACCAUCACAGAGACUGUUCAGGACUUUCACUAAGAAUGACAACCAAACCGUGAGUACAAACUUUCUGAGCGCGGGAUUAUCUACUGGAUACUGAAAUAACAAAGAAGAAAAACAAAAGGAAUUAAAGUUUAUUUUGUAGUAAAGGUUCCCAGCGUCCUCUAAAUGUGUGUCUGUGUGUCUCCUUCUUUCAGGCAGCCGUUUGUUGCUGGUAUUUACCUGCUCAUGACUAUGGACACUGUCAUCCUGCCAGGAAAGAGAGGUGUGUUCGGCUUCAAUGUGAACAUAUUAUAACUUAAAAGAUUAAGAUUUUCACUGAACUGUUACAGUGUUAAACAUGGAGUGUAUCAAACAUGGCCGUUGUCUCAACAUUAGCCCUGUUCUCCUGGAGCAGUUUGUGGCCUAUUGGCAGUGGUUACGAUGGUUACAGCUACGUUGCUGCUAUGUUGCUGUGUGUCAAUCAAGUCAGCCAUGCCUCUUACUGUGCAAAACUCAUCACAUUAAUAUCUUGCAAACAACUUGCAACUGUGAAUAUUUUCUUUAACCAUGUUCAUUUUUGCUCUUAAAACUGACUUUUUUUAUAUGUGUCUAUGUGGUUUUUGGUUCUUUUGCAGUCUGCCUCUAGUGGGCACUCAGAGAACUGCAGCUACAGCAUCAGCUUUAUUUGCACAUAUAACUAUACAAGUUAUUGUUUAAAAGUUCAGUUCAACACCCUGCUACAUCUGUGUGUGUUUGUGUGAAUCAUUUUGUCAGUCAGGUGUGUGUGAAUGAAGACAAUCAGAUAAAGACCCCCAGACUGUGCUGCUGCUGAUUAUUCAUGACAUUUCUCUGCUUUUGUCCUUCAGUCACGAACGCUGACAUCGCCUGUGAUUACUCCUCCUAUCCCAUCUACCCCUUCGCCUUCAGGACACACACACACCGCUUGGGUGAGCACACACACAACACACACACACACACUAACACAGCUUAUCAACCAGUUUCGGAGCCACCAUCAGGAUUUAUCUGCUCAUGUGUUUAUGUGUGUGUGUAACAGGUAAAGUAGUGAGUGGGUACAGAAUCAGAGACGGGGAGUGGACUCUGAUUGGUCGACAGUCACCUCAGCUGCCACAGGUACGUGCCUUCAUCACCACAGAGAGUUAAGAUCUGCGAAACUGUCUAAACACAGUCUAAAAAUCCACGGAGAAAACAUCUGUCUCAGUACAUUUGUUUUUGUCGGUGUGUUUCUGCAGGCUUUCUAUCCCGUCAACAGAGAGCUGAGUGUGAAGUACGGAGACACGCUGGCAGCCAGAUGUGUUUUCAAUGGAGAGGGCAGAACCUCCAAAACUAUCAUCGGGUCAGUUAUGAUGAAAGAGCAGAUUAGAGAUUUACCUGAUGUUAAACUUCAUUUAUGAGUGCAGGCUGUCAAUAAUUUGAUCCAUAAAUUCACUUUACCUUCAUUUAGAACACAUGCCAAUCAGAAACAGGCUUUCUUUGGAAGUUUGAUGGUGUAUUUCCCAGAAUCUGCUGACACUGAACUUUAGUUUUGUAUCUGAAGUGUUUUGCCUCCUGUUUGUGGUGUUAUUAUCAUGGGUGUGUGUUUUUGCAGGAAACAGGUUGUGUUGAGCAGGAAGGGAAGGAAGUAGUUAAACUGAUGAGACCUUGAACACAACACAUCACAGCCAAUAAUCCACUCUGACAUGUUGAUUUUAACUCUUCUCAGAUUCCUCUUUCAUUCAGAUAGAAAAAAACAGCCUAAAAAAAUCAGAUCUCCGCUUUCAGUACCUUAUCACUAACUGUUGUUUAGACAGAAAGACCAAAGAAGAGAUGUUCUCCCCUCAGUCCUCAGACACUUUUCAGGACCUGUUCACUCUGAGCACAGAGACCAUCAGUCUGCCUGCACACAGCCACCUUAGUGAGUGAUGUAUCUACCUGUGUGUACCUACAGGGGGACCUCUGAGGAUGAAAUGUGUAACUUCUACAUCAUGUACUACAUGGACAGUAAACACGCUGUCCCCUUCAUGAACUGCAUGGACCCGGGCCCUCCAGAGCUGUUCGAGGAGAUCCCAGCUGAGGCUAACAUCCCCAUCCCUGUCAGUCCAACCCACAUGAACGCUAUGAUGCACAUGGGACACUCAACAGGUACUUAAUGCUUGCUGUGCCCGUGUUACUGCUCUUCAUCUCAGAGUUAUGUGCACUUGAUUUUAUCUUUCUGUGAGCUGUCCUCCAUGUUCCCCCAGCUGUUAUGUCAUCACUAUGAUAUUGUUUAACCUGUUGACCUCUGACUGACCUUUACUCUCCCUCUCUUAGACCGACAGGACGACAGGCCGGUGCUUAAUGAAAAGAAAGCGGUGCAGGAUCUUGAUCUGGAUCAGGGUGAGUACAGCAUACUGCAGACACAGCAGAAAGGUAAACCAGAUGUAAUAGAACACUCCUCAUAUUCCACACUGUGUCUGAUCGUUGUAGUGAGCUGCUGUCCUCUGUACUCCUGCAUUAUUUGAACCCUCUGGGUAUGAAGCAGCUGUGUGUAUCUGUUAGUGCUGGCUGAGUGUGUGCAGACUCACACACCAGCUCUGGUUCACAUCAAGUGUGUGUACAAUCAUCCCGCUGUGAUUAUAAGAGAGCUUGUCUGUGUUGUUCUAUUGCCUUUUACUGUUAGCACUUUGAGGUCUGUUUUCUCAGAUGUAAAGUGCAUUAUAAAUAAAAUUUAUUAUUAUUAAAUUGUUAAUAUCAUUAUUAUUAGUAGUAGUAUUAUUAGUUUCUGCACUUACUGCAGAAUAAAUAUAAUGGGCUUUCUGUUGAUAAAGUCAAGUGCUUUAACAUUUCUGUUUGGGGUCAGAGUCUCUAAAUUUGCUAAAUUACAUCUCAGAGACAUCCAUUGUGGCUAAAACACUGAGUACUGACAUGUAACUCAUACAACCUCACUUCAAAAUCUCCAAAAUAUCCCUUUAAUAUUGUCCAGUUUGUAAAGGUAUCGCCUUGAUAUUAAUUUAUCUUUAAGAGGAGUUACUGCUGGGGUUCAACUGACCCGUGCGAUGAAAGGAGAGAGGGCUCCAGUCUUUUUUUCAAAUAUCUUAUAAAAAGCUUUCAAGGUGAUUUGACAGAGUGGGUAAAGCUUUGGGCACGCUCAAAACAUACAUUGCGUUCAGGAUUUCUGUUGGAUUUAACCUCUGAAAGCAGGCGUUUAAACCAGUGCAGGCAGGUAGAAAGAGUUCUUGAAUUGCUUUUCAACAAAUUUCUUCUGAGGCUGGUUGACUCAAAUCUGUCUGGGGUUUUUUUUAUGUUUAGAUGGUCAAAAAGAUUUAAGUUGUGUUUAAAGAGGAUUAUAUGGGGGGAUUACAUUUCUGAAUUAUCUGAGCUAAUCUUUGAAUGAAAACUAACUUUGAUCAGAGAAAACAGAGCAAGUGUGACCAAACAUCAGCUUUGUCCUGUUUUGUCUUUGUUUAGUAAGAAAAGAGCUUCUUCUCUAUGUUCAGGGUUGAUUCCGACAUUAUUGGUACUAGCUACAUGCAGGACCUGCAGGGAUGGUGCUGAACAGCUACUCCCACCUGCAGCAACCAUAUAACUGUAUAUGCCAGUGAGAUUUGCUUUGGGCCCUGCAGGAUCUCAAUCCCCCUGCUUUGUAUCACCCUCCUUUUUCAGCAUGUGUCCAUAACUGAGCCCCUUAGUGAUCAGUGGGAAUUGAGUUUAUUUAACUCAGCCUAGCAGGUUUUUUGUUCAUUUGUCGUAAUGCACAGACCUAAGUGUGAUGCCAAACAGACAGUCCGAUGAUGGACUUUGGUUCAGCUGAUCCUGUUGGGGUCAGCGCUCGGUUGUCAGAGUCUGCAGGAUUAAAUCUGACUGACUCAGAGAGGAGGAAAAUACUGAAAGGGUCUGACGUGAUCUGGUGUGUGUGUGAGUGUGUUUUACUGGAGGACCCAGCUGAUAGUCCAACCUUAUUCAGCGUCUUUGUCCAGCUGUCUGAAUAAACAGCUGUUUGUAAGAUAGACUUCUUUGUGCAGGGUCAAGGGUGUUAACAGAACUAUCUAACAUUAAUCAUUCUGUUCAUUCUCUCUAUUUAUUUCCUGCUGGUUAACACCUUUCCUCCAUUAGAGUUAACUCUUACCUGUCCUAACAGGAUGUCCUCUUCACCCUCCAGGCUGGAUGAGGACACUAAACUUUAUUUUUCAUCUUUUUAACACCUCUCUAUGAAAUAAUCCUACAGUCUUUACUCUGAUUACUCUGCAGCCUGCAGUCUCUGUCCUGUUCCACCUGUGCUGUCCUUCUGUCUGUCUGUGCAGGUGACAUCUUCUCUCUGAUGUCCAAGCUGUUAGGACAGAGCGAAGACGUAGUCCACAUUCAUAGGUUCAAUCCCAGAGAGAUGCACAGAGCGCAGGCUCAGCUGCUGGCUCAGAUCAAUAGUUUAAUGCAGGACAAAGACCUGGACUCUGCUACCAGACUGGUCUUCCAGACCAGGGAGGACCCGGUCCUGGUGAGGGACAGAGUCCACAGGUUCCAUCAGCUUGAGGCCACCAACAGCCCUUCUCGAAGCAGGCCACCCGCUGACGGACAAGGUGGGUCCUGCUGUCUCUGUGUGCUGUGGUCCUGGAAACACCCUGCUCUGACUGUCCCCUGGUCCAGUUCUCUGUGUGUGGGCCCCUGCUACAGUUUUCACCUCUGACCUCCCCCUCUGAAACCACCCUGUGCAUUUAGUAAAACCAGGAAACUCACAGGACAGUUUGGACACCUUAUUUUAUAAUCAGGCAUUAUAGGGAGAAAUUUAAUCUCCACAGUUUACAUGUUUUUCCUCUUUUUCCUCUUCCUCACCUCUGUCUCUUCUCUCCUCAUCCCUGUCUCCUCCCUCCUCAUCUGUGUCUCCUCUCUCCUCACCUCUGUCUCCUCCCUCCUCAUCUGUGUCUCCCCUCUCCUCACCUCUGUCUCCUCCCUCCUCAUCUGUGUCUCCUCUCUCCUCAUCCCUGUCUCAUCCCUACUCACCUCUCUCUCCUCCCUCCUUACAUCUGUCUCCUCCCUCCUCAUCUCUGUCUCCUCUCUCCUCAUCUCUGUCUCCUCUCUCCUCAUCUUUGUUUCCUCCCUUCUCAUCUCUGGCUGCAGUGUGUGUUUGGUUGGGUGGUGGUGUGUUUUUGUGUGUUUGUGUGUGUGUUCAGAGUUUAGCUUACUUUAUGUCUCAGAAACAUCUCCUCGACAUCUCUGUUUGUAUGAAUUGUCCCGCGGUGUUGACACUCACAUCUACUGUAGUCACAUCUUCCCCUCAUGUAGAAAGUUUUUUUGCUGUUACCUUGACAGCUGUACCAUUUUCAUGAAGAAUGCACCUUAAGGAUUGAUUAAAAAAAACACCUGUAUGAAAAUGUUAACCCUACCAUAAAAAAGCAUGAAGAUUGGUCAGCCUCUCCACUCUUUCCUGCACAGAACUAUGCUGCGAGCUCUCAUCCUGACAGGGUGGCAGACAGAAACUCUGCACCAUUUACAAUAAUACCAGUGUGUUAUCAGACUCAGAACGAAAAAUUAAGAAAGUUCCCUCUCCCUCUAACCGGAGCUGCCAUGUGCACGCUGGCGGUGCAUUCAAAAGCAACUGGAAAAAACAGUACUUCGCGAGAGACUGCCAUUCGUGGAAUUGUGAUGCAUUCAUUGUGCAUAGAAAACAAAACUCAUCAAAACAACUCAAAUUCACUUAAGAAAUGAAUAUGAAAUAACACUGGGUUACAUCAACAAAGUGCUCAAACUGAAAGGCAAUUCCCUGUGAAGUACCUCAUGCAGUGUCACAUAAAGGCAAACAUAAACCUAUCCCUUUAAUUAUAGGUUAGUAUAAAAUAUGUUUAACAGGUUGGAUUAGAUGGUUAAAGUAACAUCUUUGUGCGUUGGUUAUUGCGCCCCGGGUGUAUUUAUGACCUAAAAGCCUAGAAUUUUUGGGAGUGGUUUAGUCUGAGGUGCGUUUUUUUCACACCGAUUAUUGACGCAGGACAGGACAGUGAAAGAAUUGUUCUCUGGAUUUUUAAAUGUAAACUGUUGAUGAAGUUAGGUGCUGUUCCGAGCAUUAUUUGUGGUUAUAGAGUGGCGUUUUGGUUGAGCGCGUGGCUCUCUGUAUUGCUAUCUGCAGUCUUUACUAAAGUAAAGCAAGCGGUCUGCAACAUUCAUCUCUCGGGGUGUCUCACUCGGUGUUAAGGCGUGUUUGACCCUAACUUAAUUUUACGCCAGAAAAUCCCUUUACUAGUGACCCCUCAAACCUGCAGAAUGUGCGUGCGUUGCUCUUCAUCAGCACUGUGAUCAGUGUCACUUCUAGUCGAUGCUCAUCUCUCUACAGGUGGCAUCUCAGCGACAUCUUGCUUCGUCAAAAUGAUGCACUGCGUCCUUUUUCCACAGAGGCCGUGCCCCGCACAUGUCAAGCUGAACAUACACAUGGGAGUGACAUAUACCAUCUGUUAAAUUCUAAAAUAAAGCACAUUAUACUGACUCCUAACCUCAUGUCAGGUAUACUGUUUACACAAUGACCUCAUAGCCCAUCUGUAAUCUGUGUAGACCACAAAACUUGUGGAAGCUAACUUUGACUAAGGAACAUAUUCAUAGACUCUCAAUAAGAGGAAGCUCAACAGUCACAGACUAAUAGCGAAACAAACAAUAAACCAACCACCGAAAGGCAUGUUCGUUUGUUUUUCCAUUGAUAGUAUCUUAGUUGGACUCCAGCACCUGCGGGCUGCGCCUUCCUUGGAAAGGCUUCAAACACGGCGUGUGCCCACAGGUGGUGCAAAACCGGAAUGAGAUGCACACACAUCCUGUGGUAUUUAGGUCACCUUCAACACUGGCGGCGAUUUUUCCUCUGGCUCUUUUAUUUUUUCGCUCUUGUGUCGAAUUUUCGGAGUUUCGCAGGCGAAUAUCUGGACCUGCUAGACCUCUGGCUAAUCAAAAGUCAUGUUGUUGAUCACGUCACAGACCCAUGCGGCUGCAGUUCACACGACACACACCACCACUGGCACCAAGAGCAACGAUGGGGGAGAGUGUGUACCACAGAGUGGUCACCCGGUGUGUAUAAGCGAAAGCAAUUUUUUGGACCGGCAAAUAUUUCUGCGUUUUCGUCUCGCUUUUUCGCGUCCCUCGCAAAUUUGCUGGUGUGUAAGGACCUUUACUGCAUGCAGCUGUUUGUGUGAUGUGCUGUGUAUGGAGCAUUUAACUCUUUGUGUGUGCUUUGUGAAUCAAACUGUGUCUUUAUGGCUUAUUUGUUGAAGUUGAGCAAUUGCAAAAACCUUGCCAUCCUUCAAUGAAUUUGACAUCAGAUGAAAAGACGGUGUUGGAUUUCAUAUUUUAGUUGUACUUUCUCACAAACAUUUACUCCAACUUUAACCCAUGUGUGUUUGAAGCAUUGUCAUUGUAGUCUCAUAGUUUGAACCCUCACAGACCUGAGUGAUGUCCAGUAUGUUUUACCAACCAUAAAGACAAAAUCAACCUUUUCUGUGCACACAUUCUCCUCCUGUCUCUUGACAUGAUUCAAAUCCAAUCAGUGGAUCAGUGAAAAUCGCUGCAGCAGUAAUCUCCCCUUCAUGGUCUCAGGUUGGACAGCCUUGCUCUGAAAUCUCAUUCAUCUGAAAAUGUCCCUUUGGACAGAAAUCCAAUCAGUUUGACAGGCUUUGUCCUCAAACACAAAUACAUCACUUAGAAACAACAAAGCUGGGGGCUUUGCUGUCCUUGUGAGGACCAGUCUGACCUUUUAGCCUGGCAGAAGAUCAGGGGUCAAGGGAAAUCCAUGAUCUCCUUGUGUCAUGUAAAUGUGAAUCCUGAGAAGAACUAUAGAGGAUGAUACGGAGCAGAAGUGUGAGCUCUGAGGACAGAAGCGUCAGUCUGUGAACACAUACCUGCAUACUGAACAGCUGACUGACAGCUCUCUGACCUUUACAAACUACAAGGUUACAGAUUACUGAGCUUCACAUGGAGACACUUUGGCAAAGAGUCAGAGUCAGAGAGCUAUCCCCAUCGGCUUUGUUCAGAUCCUGAUCCAAAUCCAGUGUAUCUUUAUUUUCAUUAUCCUCAGUGUACGCUCAUACAGCGUCUCAAUCUGAUACUUGUAUUUGCAGAGAUGAUAGAGCUGCAUCCCUUUUUUCAAUAUUCACAAAAAUGACUGAAGUUCAACUCACAGAUGAUCUGCUGUCUAUGCUCUGCUAUAUGAGGCUGCUGUGCAUGUUAUCCUGCACAUUUAAACAGUGAAGUGGAGGAAUUAAUCUGCUUUAAACUACUAACAGUCACAUCAGGCUCUAAAUAAUCUCUUGUGUUGUCAUGAACUUUGCCAUGGAGAUGGCCUCGGGUUGAACGGGAUGAAUCCAGCCACUUUUUUUUUAAUCCUGUGACCUUUUCAGCCCCUGGAGGAUAUGUAUUCUUCUUUUUUUAGAUAGAAUAGACCUCUCUUGGUUUAUAAAGGCCAAAACAUGAAGAUAUAUACGUGUGUUUCAGAAAUAUAUAAACUCAGUAGCCUUACAGAUCAAUCAGUUAUUGCCCAGAGAGGCUGAUGCAUAUGAUAAACUUUACAUUGAUGCACACUCAAUGAUUUGAGAUACCACGCACCACUUUUUAUUUUACAGGACUUCAGCAGACAGUUUUUCUGGAUCAGGACUAGCAUGGCUAUUGAACAGGAACCAGACAGCCUUUUUUUCCCUUCCUUUUGCAGAAGUGGCCCAGUAUCUUUGUUUUUCUCUGAGGCGAGUGCAAGUGUCAUGAGAUGGUUCGAAUUUUGUGAGGGAAAAAAUCAAACUAAUGCAAAAUAAAGUAAAUAAUAUUGAGCAAUGGAAUACUACACACUAUAAACAGGGAAUUUGUAUAAGUAAUUCUCCUGUGUAACCCACCCCCAUUCAUGAUCUCACUCUGUCUGAUAUUUAAAAGAUAGUAAAAAAAAACACCUGGAGAGAUAUGACUGACAGAAACAACAGGAAGUGUUUUAGUCUGGUUCAGAAAUCUAACCACGAUCUAUGUCUCUCUCUCUCUCUCUCUCUCUCUCUCUCUCUCUCUCUUUUUUUCUCUCUCUCUCUCUUUCUCUCUUUCUCCCUCUCUAGACUCUCACCUGGAGCAGGUAUCAUCUUGGCCUCAGAGCUCCCUCCAGCUGGGUCAGGUUUCAGGGCUGGCUGUGGACUCGGACUCUAACCUGGUCAUCUUCCACCGAGGGGAUCACGCCUGGGGGGCCGAGUGAGUGGCUGUAAAACACACACAUACUAUGAUCUGAGAAUAUUGAAGCUGAUUUAAGGCCGUUAAGCUGCAGAGCUCAGAGCAGCCACCUCAGCUGACUAACAGACACUCACCUGAAACCUGCUCAAGUAGUUAUACAGACACCAAAAUGUUGAGCUCUGCAGAUUCACAUUUACGGACUAACUCUGUUGGAAGGAUGGUUUAGUGAGCACACAGAGUCAAACUCCACCCAUCAUCCUCUAAGUGUCCCUGUCUGUCUGUCUGUCUGUCUGUGUUUUAGCUCCUUUAAUGGCCGAGCUCAGUACCUGCAGAGGUCAUUGGGGCCAAUCCAGCAGUCCACCAUCCUGGUGGUGGAUCCAGCUAAAGGAAACAUCUUGAAGGCUUCUGGGAGAAACAUGUGAGUUAGAGUCUGUUUUAUAAUAAAGGAGAGUUUAAAUGUUUGAUGAUAUGCUCUUUACUAGGAGGUGAAUCUGCAACCCUAACCUUAUCAGCAUUCUCUGCAUUUUGCAUCCCUGUGUGGCCGCAUCGAGUAUUGACAUGACAAGAACCAGACAAAAUCAAGCGAAUAAAACCAAAGAAGGAUUUAAAUGAAUAAGACACACCAGGAUGCAUAACAAACACAUUAUAAGUCUAUAUUCUGAAAAUGUAUGAACAAGAAGGCUUCUCGAUUUGCUCUGAUAUGUCUGUAGAACAUAUGAAAUAAUUCAGAACUUCCUCAGUAGCUGUUGUCAGAAAUUGUUCUGCAUUAAUGUUGGUAAAGAUUUAAGCAGCAGGUUGCAUUUUAUCAAAAACAUCAUAAAGAUAAUAGUGAGAGGCUUCAGGUGUGUUCGGACAGAGACAGCUGUACCUGCACUGAUAACAUCCAGAGUGAGAUAAGUGAUGAAGCUGCUUCUUCUGUGUGAUUGUGCAGGUUUUAUCUGCCUCAUGGAAUAGCAACAGACAAAGACAACAACUACUGGGUCACUGACGUCGCUCUGCACCAGGUGAGUAAAGGACUUUGUCUUUUUCUUUUGGAUGUACAGAGUCACAUGUGCAGGAAUGAACUGUUCAAAAGCAGAAGACAUACAGGACCAGUAAAGACUCCUAUUUCCUGUCCUCAGGUGUUGAAGGUGAGCAGUGACGGCAGAGACCGCACCCUGCUGACGCUGGGAGAGGCGUUUACUCCAGGAAGUGACAACAGUCACUUCUGUCAGCCCACAGACGUGGCUGAGGACCCCCACACAGGAAACAUCUUUGUGUCUGAUGGAUACUGCAACGCUCGCAUCCUCAAAUUCUCUGCUGAUGGGAAAUACCUGUCUCAGUGGGGGGCAGGUAAGACACUGACCACACACACACACACAACUGCUUCACAAACAAUUAUUCAUGAAAUCUCAUGUAUGGACUCUUUCUCUGUUUACCUGUCUGCAGGUACGUCGGACAGGAGGAGGCGCACUCCGUUCCGCAUCCCUCACAGCCUGGUGUUCCUCCCUGACAGACAGGAAGUGUGUGUGGCGGACAGACAGAAUGGACGCAUCCAGUGUUUCAUGGCAGAGACGGGAGAGUUUGUGAAGGAGAUAAAGAAGGAGGAGUUUGGAGGAGAAGUGUUCGCCAUCACGUAUAACCCUGCAGGAGGUCAGACCUCUUCUUACCCCGGUUAUCAUAUAGAGUGUUUACAGAUGACAGGUCAUAUUAAAGGGCCAGUCUGACUGUCUGCCUCAUGGGUUUGAUUGAAGAUGCUGUCAAAACAACUGAUAAUGUAAAAACUGUCUGAUGGUUCAUGAUGGAGAGCAUCUGAUUAAAACUGCGGGGCCACAGGGAAAGACAAGGAAAACAAUCAGUUGUGUUGCAUCAUGGGAGAUGUAGAACCCUGUGAUUUUGAAGUUUAUCUCUGUGUAACUCAGAGAAGAGUAAACCUACAACUGAAUAUUUCUCAGUGAGGAUGAACUAUGUGUUAUCUUAAGUGCUUGAUGGUAACUGUGUGUGUUUGUGUUUGUGUUUGUGUUUGUGUUUGUGUGCAGAUGGUCUCAUCUAUGCAGUUAAUGGUGAAUCUCUGUUCAGCUCAACUCCUACCAGAGGGUUCGUUAUAAAUUACUCCACCAAGGAAAUUCUGGACACCUUUUACCCUGAAAAAGAGGUAACAUAGACACACACACACACACACACACACACACACACACACACACACACACACACACACACACACACACACACCAUAUCAAGACACACACCAUAACUCAAAAAAUAAAAAAGGUCAUCAAAUUUCUUAUGGUAAAAAUUGAAACCUGACAUGCUUUAAAAAACAAGGUUUAUUUUCAAGUGUUGUUGAGAAAUAAGAUUUGGUUAGAAGCAACUUAAAUCCACUAAUUUCAAAUAAAAAUUAAAAAUCAUGUGGACCUUUUCCUGUACUUUAUUGUUCCUUUAUGGAAAUUUGCUGUGCAGCCCAGUGAAACCAAGUGCAGGAAGGAAAAAAGUGCAAACACUGCUGUAAUUUUUUCUUUUACAGACAAAUUCAGCAAUUUUAUCAAACGUCAGUUUUGUCACUCAGAUAUUUAGAGCUUUCAACCUGCUCCUCAGUCUUUGGCGUAAUUACAGUUCGAACAGGUGGAGCUGUCUCAGUCUCUACAUGAGCAGUGCCCCUGUGAUAGAGGUGCUUCUUCAGAGGGGAUUUAAGAGAGAUCUCAGCUAACCUAAUUUUUAUGAGCAGAUGAUGCUAGUUUGUUAUUCAUGUGUCAUGGUCUGAUUGAAAUGAUCUCUGAUUUGCUUAAAAUUGAGUCGUUUGACAUCCGAAAAUUUAAUCUCCAACAGACAGUUUCUUACAGAACUCAGCAUGUCAGGGUCUGUGUGUGCCUCAUAGGCAGCUAUAACUGAGGAUCAUCUGCAUCAACAUGAAAAUCACCGUGCUCUUUAUUUUACACCUCAUCAGUUGGGUUUUUCUGGUCAGCUGUGAGAUGUUUGUUCUGUCCUCACUCCUCCUCAUGCUGACCCUCUGUCUCUCCCUCUCUCAGUCUCUGCCCUCAUUCUGUAAUCUGUCUGAUCCGGAUGUUUCUUUUCCUACUGCUCCUCCUACCUCAGUUACCUGAACUCACCUGCUGAUCAGGAGGCUGACGGUGGGAGUAAUUCAGGGGUCAGACACCAUCUGUGGCAGGAAGCAACAACCCAACACCAGCAGAGCCUUGAGUUAAUAUGAUUGUCUGGGAGUUUAUCAGCCACAGACACAGAAUCACUGGAUCCUCCUCAGCCCCAGAAAUCAAAAAGUUAAAGAUUUUCAGUAAAAUUAGAAUAUUUCAGAAUAUAUUUUAACCCUCUUUUUUUUGGGUAGGUUUACUUUUAGAUGUUUACCUUUAUGUUGAAGAGGACAGGACAGUAAAAAAGAGCAGGACACAGGGACAGAUAGAGCAGGGAUCAACAUUAAAGCAUCAAACCCUAAAUUUACUUUCCUGUAUUUUGAUCUGCACAAGACUGAAAAUGAGCCUCAGUCUAGACAGUACCAGUUCGCGCUGCCUCAGUCUAAUCCUUGCCUCCUUUGAUCUCAACGUAAAACAUAUUGAGGCGGUUCAAAUGUAGAUUUGAUGAUCAUGUUGGGACGUCUUCUGACCAGGUUCAAAGCUGUAGUGCAGAAAUCUGAUCCUCUCUCUUCUUGUCUUCCUGAACUGAACUCAGAGCUCUGACAGUGGCAGCUGGACUGGAUGUGAAAACUUUUUCUGAAUGAUUUUUUUUUCUGUAUUUCAGGAGUUCCAGAUGCCUCAUGACAUCGCUCAAACCAAAGAUGGCAGUGUGUUUGUGGGAGAUGUAGGGAGUAAACAAGUCCUCAAGUUCAGCUCAGAGAGUAAGAAACCGUGAAUCUGGACUUGAAAAUGAUGAAUCAUCACAGUCCUGUGUGAAUGUGUUUAUCUUAAAAACGCUCUCUGGAUGUCCAUCCUCUCUCUGUAAAUGCGUUAAAACACCCUCUCCUGAUGUUUCAGAGUUACAUCGCUCUGUGAAGAAGGCUGGGAUCGAGGUUCAGGAGCUGGAAGGUGAGUUUGACAGACUGAACCUGUCUCUAUCUCUGCUUGGUGGAUGUUAUGGCACUCAGACGUACUGAUACACACCUUCACACCUGCAGCUGAAAACAAAGUCAGGUCCACAGAGUCAGGAGAGGUCCUGAAGUUAUGGAACUAGUUUGUGGUUCUGCUGACUGACAUUUCUGACAUGUCACAAAUUCAUCCCAUUAACUAGGAGCAGCUAACUGGGCCAAAUUUCAGUAGACAUCAGGAUCAGGUCCCUUAGUAUCUGCUUGACAUGAAACUUGUCAAAGGACCUGCUGAUAAACAGCUCUUAUGGAGACUGCAGUGAAGCAGCUGUUCAUACUGACUCUUUGGCGACACCUUGUGGAAGCAUUAGGAAACGCAGUGAAGCUGAAAGUUAUCUGCUGGUUACACUCACACUGCCAUGACUGUAUCAUUUAAAAAUCAUCUACUGCUUCCUCCUGCUACUCCAGUGUCUCAAACUUUACUGUGGUUUUCAGGGUCUAGUUUUAGAUUUGUAAAAAGUCAUGAAGACACGACAUGAAGAAGGCAAAAGUAAAACAUGCACACAUUUAAUUCUGUCUCUGUGUCUGCAGCCGUGGAGACAAUUGUCCAGACUAAAGUGAGACCAGAGAGCAACGUGUCAAAGACGGCAGCCGUCCAUCAGAAACAGAGUGAGCCUCUGCAGCCUCAGCCUAAGCCUCAGCAGAAGACGCUUAAGACUGAGGAAGAGGAGGAGAAGAAGGAGAAAGAGAAAGAGAAGGAGAAGGAGAAGGAGAGUGAAGCUAAGCCAAUCAAGGGGCAGGGAGUCCUCCCCGCCGUUGUCACCACACUGCUGUUGGUCCCUCUGCUGCUCGUCAUGUCCGUGGGAUUCUUCAUCUGCUGGAAGAGAAAUAGUGCGUACCUACCUGGUCAUUUUUAAUACAUGUUAAAACGCAGAGACAAGGUCAGGGAUCAGGGGUAGAUGUCAGAUAUCUGUUCAGCUGUCUGUCAUAAUCCUGUUGUAUCUUGUUUUUGCAGAUCGCUGUGAGGUGAAAUCUGAACCCAGCUCAGUAGGCGGGAUCCUGGGGAAAAUAAGAGGUGAGUCUUAAGCACAAUAGAAUUUAGAUAAGUUUAAUUUUCUGCUUUGUUCGAGCAUUUUUCAGGUGUCUGUGAUGGAAGCGGCAUGUUUACACUCUGCGGUCAUGUGACACACAGAUACAGACCCUGCCUGCUCAGUAGUCAGUUUUUCCUGUGUUUACAUGAGGGUCUUUGGUUUUUCCUGAUGAGGAGGAAGUGGCAUCAGCAGGUCAUGUAGGUCCUGUGAUGAUAACUCUGAUGUGAUGUUCAAACUGACUUGAUGUUGUUGGUAUAAUCUGACCUGUUCCUGUUUGUGUCUGUGUGCUCAGGUACGUUAUGUUUUUUUUUGUUUGUUUUUAAUAUAACCUCACUCACCCUCCCUCCCUCUGUCUAUUUGUGACCUCAGGUAAAGCAGUGGGCGGUCUGAACCUGGGGAACUUCUUUGCGUCCCGUCAGGGUUACAGCCGUCAGGGUUUCGACCAGCUGAGCACAGAGGGCAGCGACCAGGAGAGGAUGGACGAGGACAGCAGCGACUCAGAAAACGAGGAGUACUCCGCUCUUCCCCCUCCUAAAACCUCCUCUUAG